AUGAAGGUCAUCAAUAUUGCUCUGACCAGUGCGGUGCUCGCCAUGGCCCAGGCUAGUCCUAUUGCUACCCGUGAAACUACUAUCACCGACGCCGACAUCCUCAACUAUGCACUGACGCUCGAGCACCUCGAGGCCACCUUCUAUGAGGACGGGCUCAAGAACUACACUCGCGAAGAUUUCCUGGAAGCUGGUUUCCAGGAUCCAUUCUACGCCAACCUGCAAGAAGUCGCGUCGGACGAGAAGAAACACGUGGCCUUCCUAACACAGGCUCUUACAGCGGCCGGUGCUUCUCCCGUCGAACGUUGCACCUACUCCUUUCCCUCAACAAACGUGAAGACAUUUCUGGCCCUUGCCAGCGUUCUCGAAGGUGUCGGCGUCAGCGCCUAUCUCGGUGCUGCCGCGUCCAUUGCCAACAAAGAUUAUCUUACUGCCGCCGGUAGUAUUCUGACGGUCGAGGCCCGCCAUAGCGCCUACCUCCGUGCGACUAUCGGCGAAGUCCCCUUCCCCCAGCCCUUUGACGAUCCUCUCGACCUCGACGAGGUGUACACCGUUGCAUCGCCAUUCAUCACCUCAUGCCCCUCCAGCAACGGAAAGCUCCCUGUGAAGGCAUUCCCUUCACUGACAGUGAAAUCGACCAGCACCAUCCGCAGCGGCUCGAAAGUCAGCGUAGUGGCUGGCAGUGGCUUCGAUGAUUCCAACCUAGGCAACCUUCACGCUGCUUUCAUUACCGUUACUGGUCCCGUCUGGACUCCGCUGCAUUACAGGGGUGAUAAAUCUUUUACCGUUACUGUCCCUGAUGGUGUUGCGGGUCAGAGCUAUGUUGUCAUCACAAAGGGCAAGAGCCAGGUAACUGAUGACAAUAUCGUUGCUGGUCCUGCUAUUAUCGAGGUUGCAAGCCCCAAGAGCACCAAGUGA